AUGGAAAAUACAGUAGGGAAAAAAGAAACAAAAAAUUCUCCACCAACUGUACCAACAAGCAAUAUCAUGAAAAACAAAGUAAGGAGAGAAUUACCUCUCUUCAACUUCAGUUGCAGGUGUGGUGAGAAGCUUCCAACCUUCGCUAGUUAUAAACACCAUUUAUAUUUGCACUCAGUAGAGACAGAUAAUGAAAAGCCAUUCAGAUGUGAUGUUUGCAUGCAAACAUUUAAUGACCUGUUGAGUUUAACAUUGUCACCAUCUACCAGUAAUGGAUUAAUCUGUUGUGUUUGUAAGAAUGGACUGUCAUCAGAAAAUCAUGUAGUUAACGAAGUACACAGUGAAGUAUUGCAGCCUACAGAGUUAAACUGUGUUCAGGAGCAUUCAGCAGAGAAGCUGAUUGAGUGUGAUACUCUUAAAAGAUUUUGUUUUGAAAAAGACUACAAUCAGCACAAAUCAAAUCAUGCUGGAGUGCAUACAGGUGAGAGGCCAUUCAAAUGUGAAUUUUGUUCUAGAGGUUUUACUCGAAGAUAUGAUAUGAUUCAGCAUGAAAGAUUGCAUACAGGGGAAAAACCAUUUAAAUGUGAUUUGUGUUCUGAAGAAUUCACUCGAAAAAGUGAUUUGAGGCUUCAUAAAAUUCGCCAUACAGAAAGAAAAGCACUUGAGUGUGAUAUUUGUCUACAGAAAUUUCAUUAUGAAAAUUUUAUUGAGCAUCAACGAGAGUUUUCAGGAUUGGUGUGCACUUUGUGUCAGAGGCAUUUUAAAAAAGAAAGAAAAAGAUCGUUUGAAUUUGCUAGCUUAGUACCAUCUAAAGUAAUGUACUAUUGCAAUGGACAAACCAACUGCCAGCUGAAGAAGAAAUCAUCCAGAGACAAUGGAGAUGCAAUGGCCACACAGGAAGCCUGCAUCUGGCACAGCAAGCAAGACAGGCCCUCACCUGGAAUUCAAAGGGCAAAAGAAAAACAAAGAAGACCUGGAGACGUGGCCUGUAAGAUGACACAAAGAAGAUUAGAUACACCUGGUGACAGUUGGAGAGACUAG